CUCGACUGCGUAUACGGCUUACUAGCAUUUUUUUGCUGAGUCUCAUAGACUAAGGGACUGUCAACUGUAACAUCUGUUGCUGUUGUUUUAUUUGUUUGUUUUGUUGUUGUUUUUUCCCAAAAACCGCAAGCGUCUAUAUUAAUUCUAGGAUGGUUUUGAAGAUAAUGGGCUUAUGCAGCCAAUCUUUAUGUUGUUUUUUAAUUUAAAUCUAAUUGCACAUGCAUGUUUUGAGCGGUUCCUGUUCAUAUUUGCUUAAACAGUGCAGUGAUUGUAUGCUCUUCUAUGGUAUACAGCACGUCAUUAGUGUAGGUCAGUGGUAGGGAUCAGGUAAAACGAAAGUAGACUACGCCGAGUUUGUCUUCAAGAGAGCUGAGCUGGAGCAGUAUUUCGGCCCUGCCUCCCUCUUUGACAUAGGCUACACACAGCAGUCAUACCUGAGAUCAUUACCCACCUCCUGUCUCCAGCAGCGCACCUGUGAGGGAAACGCGAGACCUGGAUUUACGCGAUGCACUAAGAAUAUAGCUGAUGGCUUAAAUAAUUCUUAUUAAUUUUAGUACUUAUGAAUUCCAUAUAUCUGUAGCAAAAUUUUAUUGCGUCGAUUAGUGUUAAUGCAUUUCUGGCGGAAUUCAUAAAGGCAGGCACAAGCUCGUUGACAACUUUUAGCGACAUAGCACCAUGUCAAAAUCUUCAGAUCAAUUUGACAACUCAGACUGUGUGUGCUCGUUCGGAAUGAAGCUAACGUGGGACAUUAACGACCCUAAACUUCCACAGGACACGAAGCAGUACGAUGCAUUUCAGGAGUGGACAGAUGGUUAUGUUCGGUACAUAUACAGUGCCGAAGACAAAAACGCACAGCGCCACUUGAGCGGCUGGGCCAUGCGCAACACCAACAACCACAACUGUCAAAUCCUGAAGAAAUCGUGCUUGGGCGUCGUGGUUUGCUCAAGAAACUGCACACUGACAGACGGCACCAAACUCCAACUGCGGCCUGCCAUUUGUGAUAAAGCCCGCCAGAAGCAGCAAAAAAAGCUUUGUCCAAACUGCAGCUCAGCUCUCGAGCUGGUUCCGUGUCGUGGACAUAGCGGUUAUCCGGUCACCAAUUUCUGGAGAGUGGACGGCAAGGCCAUAUUUUUCCAGGCUAAAGGGGUCCAUGAUCACCCGCGACCCGAGAGUAAGUCGGAAACGGAGGCGAGAAGAAGCGCAGUAAAAAGAAGGAUGGCUUCCCCUCACUUCUCGCAAAAAAGGAGACUCGUAGAACCAGAGCCUGGCCGCUUUCAUGAUAUGCCCUUCCCUAACAUCCACCAGCUCACUAUGGAGACCCCUGAUCGCUUUAGCAUCAUUGCUGAAUCCAAUUUCCCCAUCCAGACACAGCACUACACACCAUUCCAAAACACAGAGCCUUACAAGUUCCCCUAUGACACACACAGCCCAGCAGCCAUGGCUGAUGCUGCAAGCCCUUUGCAGAAACCUACUAACCACCGCCUGUACAUGGCAAGACCCCCAUGUGGAUAUGACUUUGCAGUGCCAGGCUACCUCAGCUCUGCACCCUAUCCCACUGCACUCUAUAAGGACCCUGCCAGCCCUCACAGUGAGGCUGAACUCAAUAAAAGUUGCUCUGGCCUCAGUGGGAUGCCUCACUCAACCAGCUCACUUCCAAACCAUGAGCGUUCUUAUCCAGAUGCCACCACCAAGCAUCAUAGCUGGAAGCAGAUCCUGGGCAAAGGGCCAUAUGGAGAGAGAGGGGAAUACCCACAGCUUUCUGCAAAUACUAACCAUUAUUAUAACACUGAAUACCCAUGCAGGUACACAGGACCCUCUCCGACUACUCCAACAGCCCUUCAAACCAUCAUAACGACCACCACUAAAGUGUCCUACCAGCCCUGUCCUAAACCAUCUGUGGUUAAAUAUGGUGAAAGUAUCUAUGACAUGAAGGGUCUAUCAAACUGUAACACUCUCCUAGAGGAGACCUCCCCUAACUCCUACUCUGACCUGAAGAUCCCAGAGGAUUCAAGUGUCAUAAAAACAGCUCUGACCUACCAGGAUACAGUCCCCACAAAAAUUGAAAGAACUGAGAACUUUGAAGGCUAUCGUUACAGCAGCUACAGCUCCAACAGCUGCCCUGACAGACUAGCACAUCCGUACAGGUAUGAAGGUGGAGAGUACUGAUCUACUGCUUCAGCUCUAAUUUUCAAGAGACUAGAAGAGGAGAGAAAAAGACUAUAUUGCUGAUGAUAUUUGAAUAUGCCAAAUAAGAUCUCAGUAAAAGGCCUAUCAUGCUUUCCUUCAGUGUGUAUAUGCAUAGCUAUUUAUAAAUAGUAUUCAGACUUUUAGCUGAAAAUAUAUUUGUGUAGUUACCUCAUUUGAUCAAAUGUUCAACACCAAACAUUUCAUUAUAUUGCUGAUUUAGCCAGAACUAAAUGGAUUAUGGUAAAUGUUGGAAAAAAUGUAUUUUUAGGUUUGUAAAUUAUGACUAGAGGUCAACUGGAAUCAAAGAUAUGUUUUUGAUGUUAUAAAAAAGUCAAAUUUGAACUCAAAAUAAAUGUGAUGUAAAACCAA